AUGAAUUAUUUGCUUUUUUACUCUUUGUCUAUAUGGAUAGUGUUGAAUGGCGGUGGAGCACGCCAAACUACAAACGAUCACAAACCAACUAAUGACUUAGUUAUUAGUGAGCUGUACGAUCCAUUAACGAAUCAAUGGACUAUUAGUGGAAGUAUGUCAAGAUUCCGGUUAUUUCAUACUGCAACUUUACUCAACUCUGGAAAUGUUCUUGUUUGUGGCAGUGGAGGAUAUACUGGUUACACGGCUUCAUGUGAAAUAUACGAUGCCUCAACUGGGCAAUGGCACGGUGCUGCAAGUAUGACGAUACCUCGUGGUUUUCAUACUGCCACGUUACUCAAAUCAGGACAAGUUCUUGUUACUGGUGGUAGUACUUAUAACAAUGGUGCUUUAGCAAGUUGUGAAAUAUAUGAUCCAGUAGCUGAUAAAUGGACUCCGACUGCAAAUAUGACAGGAGCACGUUCUGAUCACACAGCCACUUUACUCAGUUCAGGUAAAGUACUUAUCACCAGUGAUGCAGAUAGCUCUCAAAUAUAUGAUCCAACAACAAAACAAUGGAGCACAUUGAAAAGUAUGGGACCAAAAGCACGUUAUAGUACUACUGCAACGACACUCAAGUCAAACAAAGUUCUUGUUAUUGCUGGUAUCGAACUAGCAAAGUAUUCAGGCACUACUGACAUAUAUGAUCCAACAACUGACGAAUGGGAUACUGUUGGAAGUAUGGUAACACCACGUUCGCGUCAUACUUCAAUUCUACUUAAUUCUGGUAAAGUUCUUGCCACCGGAGGUGUAGGAGAUGCUGACUUUUUGGCCAGUUGUGAAUUAUAUGAUCCAUCAACUAACAAAUGGAUGGCUAUUGAUAACAUGACAGAAGAACGUUCUUCCCAUACCAC